AUGUCUCAAUGUCAAUGUCUAUUAGUAAUAUGUUCAUCAAGUGCAUUGGCUUCUUCAGCACGAGAAGUUGCUCAUCCACGUGAAAUACCGCAUCAUCAUGAAUACGUUGGAUUGCUCAUACCUGAACAUAUUACUAAUAGCCUUGUAACAUCUACAGUUCUAGAGGAAAUGCCUCUUCAGGCGCGAACUACGCAUCAGCCAGUAAUUUUGACACAUGCACCGGAUAGACGUAUUACAAAACAAAAUGAAACUGGAACAAGCGUAAAGAUCUAA